AUGACAGUAGUUGCGGUGGCGCUGCGACUGUUUGACGCGUCCGUGGCGGUGGCUACAUGCAAACUCAACCCGUUUUCCGAUGAGCCUACUGCAUUGACCCGAAAGGUCCGAGACUCGAUGCAGCUCAUGCAGUCGUUCAAUGUGUCGCUGGAACUGCCGCAUCACUGCCACCACAUCUUGGGCGGCGGGUCCACUUUGGCGUGGGUAAAAUCCCCCAUCAAACGCUCGUCAAUUGCAUUGAAACGGCCUACUUGGCCCAACGGCGCUGGAAGCUGCCGCGGCGGCGCGACGACGGCAGGGCGGUGCCAUGUCCCCGUCUGCCCCGAGUAG